CAUUACAUUGGCACUUGAAUUGAAUGGUUACAAUUGAUGCAGUGAUAUUCAGUGCUUUUUGCUUAAGUUAGUGGAUGGAUUUAGCGCUUCUGCUUGGCCAUUGACUUCACUAGACCCAGUGUAUUAGUCAACUAAACUCUUCUCCACUCCGUCACACCUCCAGAUUUUCUCUUCCCCUUCCCGCGGCUCGGCCUUACUCCGUCGCAUCUCAUAAUACCAACAACACGUCUCACCUCCACUAAAAAGAUAACAGACCGUGCAAGGUUUCUGCUUAUUCCUUUCCCCAGUAGUUUGUUUCCCCAGACUCUGCGGAGAGAGAUCGACAUGCCAUCCACGUCAAUGAGCGGACCCUCAAUCGCUGAGGAAGAGGCAAAUUCGACCCUGAGCAACGACGAUGGGUCAAGCGGCGACGAGUCAAGAUUGACGAGUGCGGGGCCUAAUAAGAAGAGGAGGAGGGAGAAACAUCAAAAGAUAUCGUGUGAGAUGUGCAAGGCGCGUAAGGUGAAAUGCGAUCGGGCUGAACCUGCGUGUUCGUGGUGUGCAAGACAUAACAGAGCUUGUGUUUACCUUGAGAGGCAGAAACCAGGUGCUGCGCGCAAUGGGUUUAGCAUUGAGCUUGAGGCAAAGGUCAAUAGGAUUGAUGCGCUGCUUCAAGCGUUGGGGAGGCGAGUGGAGGAGCAUAUCGUUCAUGAUCACUCUUCCGUUGGGUCACCAGGUGUAUCGCCGUCGAUAACUAAUGGAUAUGGACCGCCACAAGUGGACGGGAGACCUACGCCAAACACAAGUCUUCCAAGACAGUCUUCUUUCUCGCAGGCGAGAUCACCGGGCAUCUCGAGUCCAUGGCAGCCCGCAAACAACCAGAACACUAUUCAAUCGCCGAUGCAGGCUCAACAAGGCGCCAGUGCACCAACACCUAGCCAAGCAAGUACCGCGCCAAAUCCAACUGGCGUAAGGCGAAAUCCAUCGUUUCAGUCAUACACCAUUGAUCUACCGCCGCACGACAUCAUCUACAGCCUGGUAGAUCUCUAUUUCAAGCACUGCAACACGUGGUGUCCUAUCCUUGAGCGGAAAACCAUCUUUGCUACCUUCUUCGGCUCAACAUCAAUGGAGGAAGCUGAUCGGAUACUGCUGUACGCGAUUGUGGCUACAACGCUGCGUUUUCUGAAGGAUCCGAGGUUAUCACCAGAGAUGAGCUCAUAUUAUCACAAGGUGGCGAAGCAUACAGUUCAGUUAUACGCCAUGGAGCACACCACUAUUCCUGCGAUGAGAGCUCUUGUCAUCAUUACUCUGGACGAGCUGGGGACGUCCAACGGGCCAAGAGGUUGGAAUCUUCUGUCUCUACUAGCGCAGAACGUCAGACAGCUUGGCUUGAGCGAGGAGAGCAGUGUAUUUCUAUCGGCAGAGGCAUCUGAGAUAACGCAUACAGCUUCUUCUCACAGAGUAACUGCUGGAAAACCCGAGUCUUGGAUCGAAGACGAGGGGCGAAGGCGACUGUACUGGAUGAUCUACGUACUGGAUCGAUACGCAACCAUUGCAACACCGACAUUUGACUUCAUCCUCAACGACACAAAGAUCAACCGCUUCCUCCCCUGCUCAUAUGAUCUCUUCUCAAAGAACGUGCCAGUUGAAACACGUUCUUUAAGUCCCUACAAUGAGAAACAAUCGCCAAUAAUGACAUAUCUCGUCAACAAGCCCGAAAACCUCGGCAGCUUUGCUUAUCAUUGUGAGAUUCUUGUCAUCGUUAGCAGAAUCCACGAGUUUCUCAAAACACCCGUAGAUGUCACUUCAUCAAGUGACAUGGCUGAAUGGCGAAACACAUAUCGCAACCUGGACAGGACGCUGGAUGGUUGGCUGCAGAGCUUACCGAGUGAGUAUAGCAAGAUCUCGGCUCUGUGCCAUUCUGAUCCUGCGAGCCGUGUGGCGAAUUGGUUUAUGCUGCACAGCGCGUACGUCACGGCUGCUGUGAGACUGCACUCUUCAGCGGCGUAUCCAACGGUCCGAUCUCACAUCUUCGUUCCUUCACACUACGCUAUGCAAAGAUGUUUAUCGGCUGUGCAGAGCUUGGGGGAUAUCACGAAGGAUGUUCUUGAAGCAGAUGGUCUGAAUCUGCUUGGCCCCUCGUUUGCAUUCUCGCUUUGGGUUGCUGCAAGGCUACUGCUUGUUCAUGCUGCGACGGUUGGAUGUCCUGUGGAUUCUCAGAUUGACUUCUUCAUUGAUACGUUGCGUGAUGUUGGACAGCAUUGGGAGGUUGCGAAUAAUUACUCCAAGAUUCUUCAUCGUCUGGUUCAGAGAUCUCGACAAGGCGACAUGAACUUUUCAGCUAUGCGAAGGAGUGCAUAUGACCUAGUCACACUUACAUCUACCGCCCGACACUCCGGUCUUGAGCCGACAUCAACACAAGCUACGUCUCUCAGUGAGCUUGACAGUAUCGAUGUCUUUGAAUUCUUCAACUGCCCACGUGUAUCAGCAAGUUCAAGUAGCCAGUCGCAGUUGCAGUUACAGCCGAUGCGGGAACCAACCAGAAACAACGGAGUGCCCGACCCGGAGGCUGAUUGGUUGGCCUUUGGAUCCCCGUUCAAUCAGGUGUAGGAGGGAAGUUCAUUUCGUUCCAUUCAUUUCAGAUCAUUUGAGUGCCUCGCGGCACGUUCAGUCAUGUCUUUGAAGCGGUUUUCUGUAUUAAAAUGUUACACAUAUAUGUUGUCUAGUCAAAAAUGAAAGCUGCUGGUAAUUUCUCGAUACCUAAACGCAGUG